AUGCAUCCCUCUUCAGCAAUCCACAAUGCCUCCGCCACUUUUGCCAUUGUGGCAGUCACUUUCCACUACUUCCGCAUUUGUUACGGCGUGAGGAGUGGCGGGGGGGUGCCGCGACGAUUGGCAGGUGGACAGCCUGCAGCAGACGAAGACCCCGUUCUGUCUGCCAUUCUUGACAUGUGUUUGGACAUGGAAGAAGAAGUGGGUGGCUGUCCCCAAGCUCGGCCAGUUCCGCAAGAGGAGCUGUCAGGACCGCAUUCCUCGUGGCAAUCACUUCCUUCGCUUCAGCAAGAGCAGCCGACAAGGUCUGCGGUUCCAUCUUCCUCAGCUUGGGGAUCUCUCCAGGGACCUCCAGGUGAAGUGUCUCUUCAGCAGAUCCCACCUCCGGUUUUGCAGAAGAAUUAUCAUGGGGGUUGGCCAGUUGCGGAUGAGAUUGCUCGUGCCUUGCCCCUUGGAGGGCCGUCCAUAUAUUGGCAGCACUCUUCGAUGUUGCCUACCCAGGUCGGUGUCCCGCUCACCAGGCUGAGCACGAAAUCCACACCUACUGUGUAUCCAUUGCCUGGGAACGCACCAUUACCACUUCAGGACCCGGGUGUAGGGAGUUCUUCCGGAGUCGCAGGUACACUUCGAAUAUCCACCACACCAACAGUGGCGGGAACCCAAAAUUACGUCAGCCCUGUGGAUCUGUUGGCAAGUGGCCAGCCCCUGAAUGUUCAAAAAAGCGCAGUCCCCCCGACCUCCGUCCUUUUGCAGGAAGUUUUGAGGCCAAAGGGACAGUCGGCGGAAGGCGAACUCCAGAGCCCACCAGGCCCACGUCCUUCCCGACCCUUAAAAAGGCAAAAUGAAUUGCCAGUACAGCUCCUGUUUGGUGGAUCUGGUUCAGGUGCUUAUUUGCGGACAAAACAUGAAUCCUUGCCGCAGGUGCGUAGCAGCACAGGUGUUCAACCGGCUCAGCAUUCGUUGCCACCAUACCCUGUGCAGGCUGUGCAGAAUUCUGGGAAGCAGCCACAAGCAGAAACGCCCAUCGCACGUGCAGCUUCUGGGGCCGGAGUAAUGUUAACCCCCCAUCCAUUUUAUAGGCUUCCGAAGUUCAACAAGAGUGCGGGCUGGAAGGUGAUACAUUUUUCGGCCGCAAAAGCCUUUGCAGAUAAGGCAAAUCUUAACAUACCUACCGGUGCUAUGCGCAUUGUGCACGACCUUUUUAUACUAGAACGUUUGCCUGAAGUCGGAGCAAACGAGAUAAUAGCGAAUACUCAGCGAAUUGCUGGCCAUCUGUAUAACUGUCAUCAGGAUUCAGAGGUAAAGCUAACACCAUCUGAGGCGGUAAUGGUAUUGGGUAGGAGAUAUAUGAUGCUGGAAAUGCUUCUGUGUGCAAUUCAUGUUUUGGGACCGGCGAUGGAUGCCCAUAAGUGGUGGAAAAAUCUAGUCAAAUUGAUUCCACCGCAUGUCGCUCUUACCCCCCCAAGAUAUCCCACUCUGCGCUGCUCUCAAUACAUAGCUCUUACAAAAAGACUAAGUUCAGCUAUAAAUUUACUAAGGAAUGGCAUACGACCAGGGGAAGAGGAAACGAUUGACCUGAAAAGGGAACUGUUUUGUAAACCGGAUUCUCACCCGGAGUUUAGACUGCCUCGAUGGGAAGCGUGGAGGGUCGAUGAUAGGAAAGCAGGACAGGGCUAA